CGCUCAAACCACUGACAAGGACUGUCAAUUGUUUGACAGCAGACAUAUUGUAAAAACAAAUACCAGACGUUAGUUUGAUCUCAUCGGAGAAGCAACGAUCAUUGCGGUAAAAAAAUAAAAACUCAGUGAAAAAUCAACAAUACAAUCUAAACAAAACAAUUAAAAAUAAAUAUGUUUAUCAACUAUAAAUAAUUAAACGUAAAUAACUAUUUAAUAAAGUAAUAAACAAUACGAUACAAAUUGUAUAUUAAACAAUAGAAAGAACUACUACACCAAUAAUAGCUAAUGAUAAAGCAGCAACAAAAAGUAUUUAUUAAAAUAAAAAAGAAAAAAUAUUAAAGAAUUAAAAAAAAUAUUACAAAAAUUAAUUGAGAAUUAGGUGGAAUACAAUUUUAAGUUACCUGUAAUAUUAUAAAAUUUCGGUGUCAUUAGAGGCUUAAUUAGAGGAUUAACAAAUGUCUUCGAUAAGUUCUGCUUAUUAUAAUGCGUCUUCAACAUCAGAAAAGGCUGGUACCAGAACUGAUCCUUCUAUGUCGCCUACAAUCAACAUUGAUUUCGAAACCGGUGAUGGCUCAAAUAUUAUAUGUCCAUAUGUUGAUUUUUGGGAAAUUUCUUUCCGAGAGAAAGUGGGUCGUGGUACUUUCGGUGUGGUCUACAAGGCGGUUUGGCGUAAUUUUUAUGUGGCCGUUAAGGAAUUUGAUCAUAAGAGUGAAGAAAAGCCCAUCGUAAGAGAAAUAAAACAACUGUCAAGGGUUAAGCAUCCCAAUAUUAUUGCUUUGUUUGGCAUAUCUGCCAAUCAAAAUUCAAAUUAUAUAAUCAUGGAAUAUGCCGAAGGUGGUUCAUUGCAUCAAUUUUUACAUGGUAAUGUUAAGCCAUACUAUUCAAUGGCUCAUGCCAUGAGUUGGGCACGUCAAUGUGCAGAGGCCGUUGCCUAUAUGCAUGCUAUGAAGCCGAAACCUCUAGUACAUCGGGAUUUGAAACCGCUCAAUCUUUUGCUUGCCGAUAGGGGAAGAUAUCUAAAAAUAUGUGAUUUUGGUACAGUUACCGAUCUUGUGACCAUCAUGACUAAUAAUAGUGGUUCUGCAGCCUGGAUGGCACCAGAAGUAUUUGAGGGUUCUAAGUAUACUGAAAAAUGUGAUGUAUUCAGUUGGGGCAUUGUGUUGUGGGAGAUAAUAGCUCGGGAAAAACCCUUUAAAGAUUUCGAUAAUGCAUUUUGCAUUUUAUGGAAAAUACACAAAGGAGAACGACCACCACCAAUAAGCGAUCUACCAGAACCCAUAAAACAAUUAAUGAAUUCAUGUUGGGCUAAAACACCAGAAUUAAGACCCUCUAUGCAAUGUGUGGUAGAUAAAAUGAAUAUAUUAAUGCAAGCAUUUCCGGGAGCAGAUGAACCCUUAAAUUAUGAAUUUAGUAAUCAGCAGAUUGUUAGUGACAAUGAGUCGAUAGAUGAAGAAUAUUCUUUAGACUCUUACAAUAGCAAUCCUUUUAUGAAUUCACCAUUAACCAGAUCUAAUGCUUCACUUAUCUCUGCUUGCUACAAUGUACACGAAGAACAUUAUUAUGGUCCUUCUACUCAAAAGAUCUAUAAAGACUCUUUUGAAGAGAAUUUCUCAAAUAAAGAAAAUCCGGCGGAUCUUACGGAUAGUAGUUUGACUGCAACUAAUGAAAUACCCAAUUUCAAGCUAAACACCAAUGAUAACGAUUCCGAAACAUGGCAUGAAAUGUUGGAUCCGGGCUUACAACCUGAACUACCCAUACAAGAUAAUCAGGAGUCACAAGAAAUCUAUGAAGAACAUAAACGUUUAGCCGAAGAAUAUUUAAUACUAGAAACGAAAUUAUAUUUUGCCGAAAACUACUGUGAAACGGAAACGCUUAAAAUGACGCCUGAAGAGAAAAACGAAAUGAACGAAUUAUUGCAGAAAUUAAGGGAAAAAGAAAGAUUAUUGGAACUUUAUAAUUACUUAAAAAGUACCCAAAUAAUGAACGAAAAACCUAAAGUUGAAGAAUAUGCAAAUCAAUGUAGUAUUGAUUCAACUGAUAGUUGGGUGCUUAUUUCUGAUAAUAACGUAACGGCUGAAAAAGAAAAAAAGAUUACAUUUUUAAAUGAAUAUAUUUAAGAACCUCAAAAACUCGUAAAUAAUAAGUAUGAAUGUAUAGUCGGUUAUGGCCGACCAUAUGAUAUCCUACACCAGUUAAGAAUUUAGAUUGUAUUAAGAUAAUAAAGCAUUUAAUUUGCUUUUCUUCCGUAA